AUGCCCCACAAGAGCACUAUCGCCGACCUCGAAGCCUCGGCUGCCCCUUUCAAUAUCAAGCCGGCGGAUCUAGGUCUUCUGCUUAAUGCUGCUGUGGAGGCUAAGGAGUUGGCUUAUUGUCCAUACUCCAAUUUCCGCGUCGGAGCAGCAGUGCUCCCAGCCUCUACUCGUCCAACUCCCCCCAUUGUUAAAGGAGCAAAUGUUGAGAACGCCUCAUAUCCCGUGGGAACGUGUGCUGAGAGGUGCUGUUUGAGUAAGGCUGUGACAGAAGGAACUAAAAGAGAGUUUGUAGCGUUGGCUGUGGCUACGGAUGUGAAACCCGCUGAUGGGGAAUUUGUUGUGAAAACUAUGCAGGAGUUGCUGCCGGAUAGUUUUGGACCGGAGAACAUGGGACAGCCACAAGCAUUAGGGGACCUUGAAGGAUAG